UUCUUCUUGUUCAUUCGCAGUUUCAGCAUUCGCACCAAAGAAACCCUAGAUCCCCAUUUCUGCAUGUAUUUCGUCGAUCGAUUCCAAAAUUAGUACUUUCUUCUGCUCCUCUUCCGAUUCGUGGUUCGUUUCCUUGUUUUCCACCGAAGAUGGAAUCGUCCAUUUUGAAGAAUACGAAGCCGCGGACUCCGUCCAAGGACUCGACCAAGUUCCAGUCGAAGCUCCAUGACAUUUCUUCUAGAUCUUUGGAGAAUUCAAACCCUAACUUUCCACAUGCGAGUCCGUCGAGAUCCUUUGGAUCUCCGAUCACGAAAUCUGCCAGAUCUCCGCUCAUAAAGUCAGCCAAGUCGCAGAGGAAUCCGAACCCUAACCCCAACCCUAUUGCGUCGGUUUUCUCGUCUCGGAAUCGGAUCACUGAGAGGAGGUUUGUGGUGGCGAAGAAGAAUUCGAGGAAGGAGAAGAAAGAUGCAGUGGCUGCGGAGGUUGACUGCAAGUGUGGAGUGAGGUCCAAAGGCAACAUGAAGAAGUGUUUGUGCGUCGCGUAUGAAACUCUUCGGGCUUCGCAAGAAGAGUUUUACCAAAAACGAAGCGAAACAGAGGAAGAACAAGGAGAUUUGGAUUCCGCCGCUGCACAAGAAUGCGAUCAUUCGGAUCGAAAUAUUGAGGUUGGAGAGGAUGUCUAUGGAUUCCAUGUCGGGAACCCAAAAGGAGAAGAAAAAAUAUCCGGUGAGUCGGGCAAAAUCGGGAUGUCUAUUAUGAAGAGGAGAAGAGAAAAGCUUAUGGACUUAGCCCAACAAAGUGUGCCUGAAUCAGGGAACGUGAUGCAGCUCGUCGAAGCAUUCGAGAAACUUUCCUGCUUACAGCUUCCGAAGGCAGGCAACAACAGCGAACACCAAACAGAAGACAAUGUGAAGAAACCAAUGAAAUGGGAAUUGCCUGGAAUGACACAGCAGCCUAAUGUGCUAGAGGCGGAGGCGGAGACAGAGCAAGUCUCAUGGAGUUCUUCAUUUUGUCCGUCUGAUUUGGUUUUAACAGCAGAGAAUCUCGGGUUAGACCGGAGUGCCUCGGUUUCUUCAUCAUGGGAUAGCAGCCGCAGCAGUUUUUCAAGUAGAGGCUCCAACGGCGGCAGGAGUAGCAGAAGAAACAGCCUGGACUCUUCUGGAAAAAUGGGAAGAAGAGGAUUGAAGAAAAAACCGGCUAAAGUCACUUUGCUGAAACCAUUCAACCUCAGAACUGAGCAACGGGGAAGAACAAAGGAAGAAGAGUUUGUGAAGAAGCUCCAGGAGAUGGUGGUAGAGGAAGAAAAGAUGAGAAUCCCCAUUGCUCAAGGUGUUCCAUUGACAACUGAUGAGCCUGAGUGUUUGGUUAAGCCUCCGGUGAAAGAGAUCACAAAACCAGUGGACUUGAAGCUCCACAGUGACAUGAGGGCAGUAGAACGGGCAGAAUUUGAUCACCAGAUUGCCGAGAAGAUGAGUCUAGUAGGGCAAUACAAAAUGGAAAGAGAACGACAGCAGAAGUUGGAAGAAGAAGAAGAGAUACGAAGGCUGAGAAAAGAGUUGAUCCCAAAGGCUCAGCCAAUGCCAUACUUCGAUCGACCAUUCAUUCCUCGAAGGUCAAUGAAACAUCCGACCAUAGCCCGAGAGCCAAGGUUUCACAUACCCCAACACAAGAAGAUCAGGUGUUGCAGCAUUUCAUCGGCUUGGACCGAAACUGGAUCUUCCUACACCUGUGACUACUAAAACUCUCUACGGUUUGCCUUAAAUUUUGUCAUUCAUUAAAUAAUCUUUUCUGUCCCCUUUUCAAACUUUCUUCUUCUUGUAUCAUAGAUUUGUCAAAGCAACCGACAGUUGCAAGUUUUGGACAAUCAAGUAGAGAAUCCAGGUUUCUUCCAGUUAA